AUGAGUCUUCCGCGCCGGAGUGUGAAACGGCGGCGUUCAGCGUCCGGUUCCGACUCAUUCUCGGGAGACGGUGAUAGCUUUGUCAGCCCUCAGCUGCCGUCUGGACCGGUGCUGAGUCCACCUCCGGGGCUGGGACGCGGCCCGAGGGCCGCAGGGGCAGGGACAUGCAAGCAAAGAGUUCCCGAAAACCAGCUAGACCAGCUGCUACUGGCAAACUGGGGACUCCCUAAAGCAGUUCUGGAGAAAUACCAUAGUUUUGGUGUACGGAAGAUGUUCGAAUGGCAGGCAGAGUGUCUUUUGCUUGGACAAGUUCUGGAAGGAAAGAAUCUAGUUUAUUCAGCUCCUACAAGUGCCGGGAAGACUCUUGUGGCAGAGUUACUUAUUUUGAAGCGGGUUUUGGAAAUGCGGAAGAAAGCUUUGUUUAUUCUGCCCUUUGUGUCUGUGGCUAAAGAGAAGAAAUGCUACCUCCAGAGUCUGUUUCAGGAAGUAGGGAUAAAAGUAGAUGGCUACAUGGGCAGUACCUCACCUUCUAGGCGUUUCUCCUCCUUGGACAUCGCUGUUUGCACUAUUGAGAGGGCCAAUGGGCUGAUCAAUCGCCUCAUUGAGGAAAAUAAGAUGGAUCUGUUAGGUGAAAGUAUCCUAGUUUGUAAGAACGCUGAGAAAUCGAAAGGCAUUGCUCUGCUUCGAGGAUCUCUGGAGCCUGUGCACAGCUGUCUGCAGAGACACGGAGACAUCACUGCUAGCAUGAAACGAGCUAUUCUGGAGAUAAUCGUUGGCGGAGUGGCAAGUACAUCACAAGAUAUGCAAACUUAUGCCUCCUGCACAUUCUUGGCUGCUGGUAUAAAGGAAGGGAGUCAGGGAAAGCAGAGAAAUCAAGAUGAUGUUCAACUUGGAGCAAUUGAUGCCUGCGUGACAUGGCUGUUAGAAAACGAGUUCAUCCAGGUGGCAGAGCCCAGCAACGGGUCAGGAGGAAAGGUAUAUCACCCAACUCAUCUUGGAUCGGCUACUCUUUCUUCCUCACUUUCUCCAACUGAUACCCUAGACAUUUUUGCUGAUCUCCAAAGAGCAAUGAAAGGCUUUGUUUUAGAGAAUGACCUUCAUAUUGUCUACCUGGUUACACCUGUGUUUGAAGACUGGACUGGAAUUGAUUGGUAUCGAUUUUUCUGUCUAUGGGAAAAAUUGCCAGCUUCUAUGAGAAGGGUGGCAGAACUGGUUGGAGUUGAGGAAAGCUUCUUGGCUCGCUGUGUGAAAGGAAAAGUAGUAGCCAGAACUGAGAGACAGCAUCGGCAAAUGGCCAUCCAUAAAAGGUUUUUCACAAGUCUUGUGUUAUUGGAUUUAAUCAGUGAAAUUCCCUUAAAGGAAAUUAAUCAGAAAUAUGGAUGUAAUCGUGGACAGAUUCAGUCUUUGCAACAGUCAGCUGCUGUUUAUGCAGGAAUGAUUACAGUGUUUUCCAACCGUCUGGGCUGGCACAACAUGGAACUACUGCUUUCCCAGUUUCAGAAGCGGCUCACGUUUGGCAUCCAGAGGGAGCUGUGUGACCUCAUCCGGGUGUCCUUACUGAACGCUCAGAGAGCCAGGUUCCUGUAUGCCUCUGGCUUUCUCACCGUAGCAGACCUUGCCAGAGCUGACGUUGCAGAGGUGGAGGUGGUUCUGAAGAAUGCUCUGCCUUUCAAAAGUGCCCGAAAGGCAGUGGAUGAAGAAGAGGAAGCUGCUGAAGAACGUCGCACUAUGCAAACCAUUUGGGUGACUGGCAGAAAGGGUUUAUCUGCAAGGGAAGCAGCAGCCUUAAUAGUGGAAGAAGCCAAAAUGAUUCUGCAGCAGGACUUAAUUGAAAUGGGAGUACAGUGGGAUCCAAGUUCACCCUUGAGUUCUAGCACACACUCACCCAGCAGUAGUGAGUCAGAAGUAAAGGAAUGCACAUUCAAAUCCCAAGCUAAGAGUGCUCAUAAAAAGCUGACCUCAAAUAAUCGAAAUAGCAUGAGAGCAAGUGAGUCUAGUGGUAAACACUCACUAGACACAGCACAAGGCUUAGACUCUCUCUGCUCGUUCCAGAGGGAUCACGGGCAUCGGUCACAAUCCAUUUGCAGGGUGAGAAAACGGACUUCUUUGGGUAUAAAAAAAGAAAAGCUUCGGAUGUCUGUGAGUGAAGGAGAACCAAGCACUAGGGAUGUUAUUCAAACUUUCUCUUUGGAGAAAAAAAGAAAAGCUGCUUUGAGUCCUAGUUCUGAGCAGAUGAACACCAAUUUUCCAUCUUGUAGAGACAGAAAGUAUCGAAAAAAAUCUUUGGGCAGUAGUCCAGUGCACGACUCUGGGGCUGAUCAUCUUAGGGAUGAUUUCCAGGCACAGACUAUGUCUAGAUCUACUCUAUGUGAAGACCUGUUUUCCUUAGACAAGUGGAAUGUGGAACUUAGAAAUCCAGGCCUACUUAGAAAAAAUGUAUCUUUUUGUGCCAAGGAAAAAUACAACAAAGCCUCAUUCCCUUUACAAAUGCAGCAGCCUUGCUUAAGGAAAAAACCAGAAAGUGAUGGUGCUGUGGAGCAUUCCCUUGCAGGAUCUCAGAGGAAAAGUGUGACUGGUGCUGCUAGCAGUGGAAGAGGAUUGGCUGAUACUGAGACAGGAAAGCUAGAUGAGGCACUCAUAGAGAACGGUGCAAAAAGCCAGAAUGUUUCUGUGAAACUCCGUGACACCCACCCAGUUAGCCAUUGCCUGGAAAAUCAGUGUGACAAACAGACAAACACUUGCACCAAACAGAAAACAUUACUAGAGAGACAUGUGUCCUAUGAAGCAGUUAAUCAUAUGGGCAGAGACUCGAGUGAUGUUGUGACUCGCAAAUGUGAAAGUAUAAAGCUUAAUAGUAAAGAAGAUGAGUCAAAUUACUGUCAGGCAUUGGGAAAUAACACGGGCAGAACUGAGGCACCUACUGGAUUACUGCAGUCAUCUGCGGAACUCGGACAAGCAGGUGGCCAGCGUGAGCAUCUUGUAAGUUCUGGAGUACAAGAAAAAACAGAUGCUUACACAACAAAUAAAAGUGAACGUAAUCAUGUUUCUAACCUAGCCACCUGUGACUUUGGAGACAGCUUCUACCUGGAUACUCAGUCAGAGAAAAUCAUUGAUCAGGCGGCAGCCGAACAUGCCAAGCAGGGAGCAAAGGUGGUAGGGGUCACAGAGACGGGCCCUGGCUCUCGGAACUCAGAGUGCUGUUUUCGGGAUGAGGGUCACAGUACUCCAAGUGAACAGCAUUCUCCAGGAGCAGCUAACACAGACCAUUUGGACACUAAGAGUGUGGCGACCGUGAAAGAAAACCCUGGAAAGGGCAUUGAUAGACUAACUCCAGCAAGCCUCAUCUUCCAUUCUUCCCCACAGGGGGAAUGUGGCCCUUGCUUUAAAGAGAACGAGCAGUCUGUCACUGACUCCCAGUUAAACAGUUUUCUUCAAGGUUUUGAAACACAAGAAAUGGUUAAACCAGUCCUACCUCUGGCUUCUCCAAUGGGAACUCCUACUGGUUUGGAGGAAGAAAGUCUGCCUGAAACCAGUUUGAAUAUGAGUGACAGUAUACUAUUUGACAGUUUUGGUGAAGAUGGCUUAGUAAAAGGACAGUCACCUGAUGUACAGGCAAAGCAGCCCCUCCUUUCUGAAAGGACAGCAAACCAUUUCAGCAAUUCCCUGGGCCCAGGAGAAGAGCUGGCCAUGAAGGCAAAUGUGAGCGGACGUCAGGGUAUUCCCCAGCCGGUGACUUGCUCCAGCGGUGAGUCUAUUAUAUUUUCAGAGAUGGAUUCUACUCAGAUGAUUGAAGCCUUGGACAAUAUGGCUCCUUUUCGUGCUCAAGAGAAUUGUAGCUCAGUAGCCUUUAAAACGUUAGAACUUGGUGAUUCUGCAGUGCUGGGCACUGAGUGUCCCCAAGGAGAAGUGGUCAGAGGAGAUGGAAACGAGAGGACCCAGAAGUCCAAACCCACUGGGACAAAUAUAGAGAAUUCAUUCACGUGGUCAGGAUCAUCGUUUGACUUAAGUCCAGAACUGCAAAGGGUUUUAGACAAAGUGUCUAGUCCUCUAGAAAACGAAAGGCCCAGAUUAACACAUGCAGACCUGUCUUGCUUUGAGGAAAAUGGCAUCGAGUUAAAUGUGAGACAGGACAUGACUUCACAUCUGGAGACCAUUCAAGUUCAGAGAACUUCUCUUUUCCCCAAUAAUGAAGUUAAAAGCAGGCUCGAGGGGGUAGGGAAUGAGGCCAGGCAUGGUGUGGCCUUAUCUCCCUCAGCGUGUAAAGAAAGUGCCCCAGCUGAUGACAAUGGCCUCAUUCCUCCCACACCCAUUCUUGCUUCUGCUUCUAAGCUGGCAUUUCCAGAGAUCCUUGGAGCAUCUGUGAACCGGCAGGAGGCUGGCAGUGUUUUUCUGCCAGGUCAUUGUUUGUUUGGUUCGCCUUCAGAUAUUCACAACCACGAUUUAAGUCAAGAGUGUAAAGCCAGCGUCAAGGAGGACAGUUCUGUUGGGGACACAAGUUUUCCUCUGCAGUUCUCUCAGGAUGGGCCACACUUAACUCCAGCCUCAUGCAGCCCGGAAAGCUUGGCCAUAAUCGAUGUAGCGAGUGACCAGACUCUGUUUCAAACAUUUGUAAAGGAGUGGGGAUGCCAAAAGCGCUUUUCCAUCUGUCUGGCUUGUGAGAAGAUUAGAAGUUCGACAUCUUCCAAAACCUCUACCAUAGGGGGAAGGUUGAAGCAAGUCAGCUCCCCUCAGGAAACCCCUGGUGAAGAUGACGGCUUUCCUGUCCAUGGCUCUGACGGCAUUGUGGUCGUUGGGCUAGCAGUCUGCUGGGGUGGAAAGGACGCCUACUAUCUGUCACUGCAGAAGGAGCAAAAGGAUUCCGAAAUUAGUCCCAGUUUGGCCCCGCCUCCUCUGGAUGCAACACUGACUCUGGGAGAGAGGAUGGAGUGCCUUCAAUCCUGCUUGCAAAAUAAAUCUGACAAAGAGCGCACUGUUGUCACCUAUGACUUCAUCCAGAGCUACAAGGUUCUCCUCCUGUCCUGUGGCAUCUCCCUGGAACUCAGCUAUGAAGACCCUAAGGUGGCGUGCUGGCUCCUCGAUCCAGAUUCUAAGGAGCCGACUCUUCAGAGCAUAGUGACCAGUUUUCUCCCCCAGGAGCUCCCGCUCCUAGAAGGAAUAGAGACUGGCCAAGGAAUUCAGAGCCUGGGGCUAAAUGUGAACACGGAACAUUCUGGGCGGUACAGAGCGUCUGUGGAAUCCAUUCUCAUCUUCAACUGCAUGAAUCAACUCAACUCUUUGUUGCAGAAGGAAAAGCUUCACGAUAUUUUCCGUACAGUGGAGAUGCCCUCCCAGUACUGCCUGGCCUUGCUGGAACUGAAUGGAAUUGGCUUUAGUACUGCGGAAUGCGAAAGUCAGAAGCAUAUCAUGCAAGCCAAGCUGGAUGCCAUUGAGACUCAGGCCUAUCAGCUAGCUGGCCACAGCUUCUCCUUCACAAGUGCAGAUGACAUCGCACAGGUUCUAUUUUUGGAACUGAAGCUACCACCAAAUGGAGAGAUGAAAAUGCAAAGCAGCAAAAAAACUUUGGGUUCUACCAGAAGAGGGAGUGAGAGUAACCACAGGCUGAGACUGGGGAGGCGGUUCAGCACUAGCAAGGAAGUGUUAAAUAAAUUAAAGGCCUUGCAUCCUUUACCAGGCCUGAUACUGGAAUGGAGAAGAAUCAGUAAUGCUAUUACCAAAGUGGUCUUCCCUCUGCAGCGGGAAAAGCGCCUGAACCCUUUUCUCAGAAUGGAAAGAAUCUACCCUGUAUCACAGUCACACACAGCUACAGGACGGAUAACCUUUAUAGAACCUAAUAUCCAGAAUGUGCCAAGAGAUUUUGAGAUUAAGAUGCCAACACUAGUAAGGGAAAGCCCACCCUCUCAAGCUCCAGGCAAAAGCCUGCUUCCAAUGGCCAGACGACAAAGUAAGAAGUUUUAUGGCCCACACCCUGGGAAUGGGGCACUGACGGAAGAGAAGGCCUCAGAUAGAGGGGUGCCGUUUUCAGUGAGCAUGCGCCAUGCCUUUGUGCCGUUCCCAGGUGGUUUAAUUUUGGCUGCCGAUUACUCUCAGCUUGAACUGAGGAUCCUGGCUCACCUAUCACGUGACUGUCGCCUCAUUCAAGUCUUAAACACUGGAGCUGAUGUUUUCAAGAGCAUUGCUGCAGAGUGGAAGAUGAUCGAGCCUGACUCUGUUGGGGAGGAGCUGAGGCAACAAGCAAAGCAGAUUUGCUAUGGAAUCAUAUAUGGGAUGGGAGCUAAAUCCUUAGGAGAACAGAUGGGCAUUCAAGAAAAUGAUGCAGCUUGCUACAUUGAAUCUUUCAAGUCCAGAUAUACAGGGAUUAAUCAUUUCAUGAGGGACACAGUGAAGAACUGUAGAAGAGAUGGAUUUGUUCAGACCAUUUUGGGAAGACGUAGAUAUUUGCCAGGAAUCAAAGACAACAAUCCUUAUCAUAAAGCCCAUGCUGAACGUCAGGCCAUCAACACUACAGUCCAAGGAUCAGCUGCUGAUAUUGUCAAAACAGCCACAGUUAACAUUCAGAAGCAAUUAGAGACCUUCUAUUCAGCCUUCAAAUCCCAUGGUCAUCGGGAAAGCAUGCUCCAGAAUGGCCGAACAGGAUUGUUGCCAAAGAGAAAACUUAAAGGGAUGUUUUGUCCUAUGAGAGGCGGCUUCUUCAUCCUUCAACUUCAUGACGAGCUUUUAUAUGAAGUGGCAGAAGAGGAUGUUGUUCAGGUAGCUCAGAUUGUCAAGAAUGAAAUGGAACGUGCUAUAAAACUUUCUGUGAAGCUGAAAGUGAAAGUAAAAAUAGGUGGCAGUUGGGGACAGCUGGAGGACUUCGAUGUGUGAUGGUGCAGGUGACCAGGUCCAGUUGGGGACAGCUGGAGGACUUCGAUGUGUGAUGGUGCAGGUGACCAGGUCCAGUUGGGGACAGCUGGAGGACUUCGAUGUGUGAUGGCGCAGGUGACCGGGUCCAGCCUGUGCAGAUACAAUCAC